UUGAUUCGAGAAGACGGGCGGAAAACAAACGUGUUGGCGCGGCUUGGAGGAAAAUGAGGUGGAGUUACCCCAGUGGAGCGCAGAAGGCACGACAGACGCAAACACAUGACGACAGCCAGACGCUCUUGACAGCAGCAGCGCUACCGAAUGCCGUAGUUCUGGAGAUGAAGCUGAGAGUGACACUCAUCAUCACAAAGAUUGAACAUACAGGAGAGUCACUCGUGUUUACCCUGCUGCAAAGUUUGAGGCCAGGUUGUAAGAAGGUCUACUGUCACACAGGGCACCGCCAUCUUGCACUGACAGAGCUCAUUUCCUCAUCAAGUCAGGAUGUACGGCAGAUGGGCAAGAAGAGGAGAAACGGGGCCAAAGAUGAAGCUUCUGGAAUGCAUGUGAUCAAGUUAACGUUACUUGGUGACUAUGCUACAACCCGUCGCUCGGCCCAGGGCGUCACUCAAGCCAGGCACUGCCGAGCUCCCAAAAUUAAGGAAAUUGUCGCCGCAAACAAUGUGGGCCUGCUGGUCCGGAGGGCGCGAUUUCAAAGUUACAAAACAACCGACGGAACUUUAGCAAAACCCCCGUCAGUGAUGAAGUUUACCUGCGAGCUCCAGGCAGCAAAAAGCAAAUCAAUGAGCGGCACGUCGCAGUCGAUGGAGAGCGUCUUCCAUCACCGUCUGCACCAAUAA